CGUACUGUCCACUGUUCUCCAGGGAGCCUUUUAUCACAAGGGUCCAGGCUGGCUGGGUGUUGGCGAGUUUCAGGAUUAUUAUCAGUUUUGUGUUAAACCGGCUUGUUUUGCUUUGGGUUCGAGUGAAUGUUACGCUCAGGCUUUGGAGUCUCUCAAAACUGCAGUGGCUUCAUCGUCCGCAUCCGUUCUGGAGGAUCUGAGAGCCUUCACCCAGCAGUGCUCUCUCGGCUUCGCACAGCGAUACUUGGCCGCUCAAAAAGAGGCGUAUCCCACGAUCCUCGCCUGCUGCCAGAGAGCCGCUGGAGAGAAGGAAGCCCUUUCCGUCGCUCUCACCGCGCUCUCUGCGCUAACAGACGGCCAGCCGGAUCUGCUGGAUGUGGACGGGCGAGAGUUUUUGAUGGGCGCUUUGACUGCGCACCAGACGGGAGCCUUUUAUCACAAGGGUCCAGGCUGGCUGGGUGUUGCAGCUGCUGCAGUCAUGGCCACACGCAGAAUAACACAGGAGACCUUUGAUGCAGUGGUCAGAGAAAACAUCGAGGAGUUUGACUUGGAGGAGAGCGAAGCUCUGAAGGAGGCCAUUGAGCAGUUUGAGUCUCAGGCUCAUCCAGGGAACACAGCAGUGCUCAGUGAACUCUGUGCCACUCUGUCCCGUCUGGCCGUGAGAAACGAGUUCUGUCAGGACAUCGUAGACCUCGGGGGCCUGACGUUCAUGAUCACACUCCUGGCUGACAGUCUGGAUCGUCAGGAGCUUGUGAAGCAGGUGCUCAUCGCACUGAAGGCCAUCGCAGGAAAUGAUGAUGUCAAAGAUUCCAUUGUGAAUGCCGGAGGGGCGGAGCUUAUCGUCAUGGCGAUGAACCGUCACAUGGCCAGUGCACAGGUGUGUGAGCAGGGAUGUGCGGCGCUCUGUGUUCUCGCUCUACGCAAACCCAACAACUGUAAAGUCAUCAUGGAGUGUGGCGGAGCGUUGGCGGCCCUGCAGGCCAUGAAGACUCAUCCGGCUGAAGUUAAUGUGCAGAAACAGUCCUGCAUGCUGUUGAGGAACCUGGUGGCCCACACACGAGACUUCAGCCAGCUCAUCCUGGAGAUGGGAGCCGAGGCGCUGAUCUCGCAGGCUCUGGCGGCUCACCGGGACUGCGGCGACGUGGGCCGAGCCGCUCUCAGAGACCUCGGCUGCCAGGUCGAACUACGAGAAUUCUGGACGGGCAAGAAAGGAAGCCUGAGUCAAUGAUGAACGUCUGUAGACUCAAAACGAUCACGAUUACAUCAUAUGACAGCGUGUAAUAACUGUGGAGCUCUCACUAAAUGUCUGUGAUCAAACAUCUGAUGUCCACAUGCAUAGGAUGCUUUACAGGUUACAGUGUAGAUGUGUUGAUUUUUUUUUUGUUUAAAUAUUUUAAAGCCACUGUUUAUAGUUUGUACGAGGUUUUCUACCCAGGAAUGACCGCUGUGCUUGGUCUGGAUUCAUUUGAGCUGACGUUGACCGCGAGAAUCAAGUGUGUUUAAUUCAGAGGUGCAUUGCUGGAUUGUCAGACUGUGGCUGUUUAACCCUUAAUAUGUUUAAUCUAAAGACCAUCAUCUCGCCGGUUAAAUGUGCUUUCAGUGUGCUUGUUUCUUACAUUCCAAAGUGUUUUAUUACACCGAACACGCUUUCAUGCACAAGGUGAGCCAGAAUAUGAGUCACAUGUUUUCUCAAUCAUAUGUUGCAAUAUUAGUUGAAGCUCUGAAUAAACCCGCUCUGUACUGGAACUGAUAGUGUUUGUGAU